AUGGCUUUCAAGAUGCUUGCUUCCUUUGUUUCUCUUCUCGCCGCCCUCCAGGUGACCAACGGUGCUCUCACCCGCCGUGUGGCGUGCCCGGACGGUGUUAACACCGCUUCCAACGCCGCGUGCUGUGCCCUCUUCCCCGUCCUCGAGGACAUCCAGAAGAACCUCUUCGACGGCGGCGAGUGUGGCGAGGAGGUGCACGAGUCCCUCCGUCUCACCUUCCACGACGCCAUCGGCAUCUCGCCCAAGAUCGCCGCCACCGGCUCUUUCGGUGGUGGAGGUGCUGACGGCUCCAUCGCCAUCUUCGACGACAUCGAGCCUAACUUCCACGCGAACAACGGUGUCGACGACAUCAUCGAAGCCCAGGCGCCGUUCAUCGCCGCCCACAACCUGACCACCGCCGACUUCAUCCAGUUCGCGGGUGCUAUCGGUGUUAGCAACUGCCCUGGUGCGCCCCGCCUCGACGUCUUCGUCGGCCGCAAGGACGCCACCCAGCCCGCGCCCGACGGCACCGUCCCCGAGCCCUUCGACUCGGUCGACAGCAUCCUCGCCCGCUUCGACGACGCCGGUGGCUUCUCUGCUGCUGAGGUCGUCGCUCUCCUCGCCUCGCACACCAUCGCGGCGGCGGACCACGUCGACCCGACGAUCCCGGGCACGCCGUUCGACUCCACCCCCGAGCUCUUCGACACGCAGUUCUUCAUCGAGACGCAGCUCAAGGGCACCGCCUUCCCCGGCACCUCGGGCAACCAGGGCGAGCUCGAGUCCCCGCUCGCGGGCGAGCUCCGUCUGCAGUCCGACGGGCUCCUCGCGCGCGACUCGCGCACCGCGUGCGAGUGGCAGUCGUUCGUCGACAACCAGGCGAAGCUCCAGAGCGCGUUCAAGGCCGCGUUCAAGAAGAUGACGAUCCUCGGGAGCGACAUCAACGACCUCGUCGACUGCUCGGAGGUCGUGCCCACGCCGCCUGCCCCCGCCAGCCCGGCGCACUUCCCCGCGGGCCUCGGCAUCGACGAUGUUGAGCAGGCGUGCGCGGAGACCCCCUUCCCCACGCUCCCCACCGACCCUGGACCCGUCACCUCCGUGGCCCCUGUCCCCCCCUCGUAA